AUAAGAAGAAAUCUGCCAUCAACACCAAGUGGAUUAGUAAAAAAAAUAAAAAAACAAAAAUAAAAAAUGGCAGAGGCGGAGACGCGUCAGCGAUUACUGCGCAGCGUGAAAAAGGAGGUGAAGCAGAUUAUGGAGGAGGCUGUAACGCGAAAAUUCGUGCACGAAGAGAGCAGCCAUAUCAUUUCUUUCUGCGCUGUUGUGGAAGCUUGCGUGCUGCACGGGCUGAAGAGGCGUGCUGCCGGCUUCCUGCGAAGUAACAAGUUGGCAGCGCUCUUCCUGAAGGUGGGGAAGAUCUUUACACCUGCUGAGGAUCUGUGCAAGAAGGUGCAGGAGCUGGAACAACUCAUCGAAAACAAUUCUAGACAGAACCAAUCUCAGACGAGUCAAGAUGGUAUCCGUAAGCAGUCGCGGACUCCCAACCUCUCCCCUCAAGCCAUUAAACACCUGUGGAUCCGCACGGCGCUGACAGAGAAAGUGCUCGACAAGAUCGUUCUGUACUUGGUGGAGAACAGCAGUAAAUUCUAUGAGAGGGAAGCUUUGCUGAGGGAUCCUGUUGAUGGACCAAUCCUUGCAUCGCUCCUGGUUGGUCCCUGCGCUCUGGAGUACACUAAAGCCAAGACAGCUAAUCACUUUUGGACAGAUCCUUCGGCCGACGAGCUGGUGCAGAGACACCGUAUUCACAGUGGCCAUUGCCGACAGGACUCACCCACCAAGCGCCCUGCUCUUAUCCAGAAACGGCAGUCAAGCGGUAGUAUGGAUGACAGGCCCUCACUCUGGGCUCGGGACUACGUGGAAUCUCUCCAUCAGAACUCCAGAGCCACGCUGCUGUUUGGCAAGAACAAUGUUCUAGUCCAGCCGACAGAUGACAUGGAAGCGAUCCCAGGAUAUUUGUCUCUUCAUCAGACUGCAGAGCUCAUGACAUUGAAGUGGACACCCAAUCAGCUGAUGAAUGGCAACAUGGGAGAGUUUGAUUAUGAAAAAAGUGUGUACUGGGACUACGCAAUGACCAUUCGUCUAGAGGAAAUAGUCUAUUUGCAUUGCCAUCAACAAGUGGACAGCGGAGGCACUGUGGUGUUAGUGAGUCAGGAUGGGAUCCAGAGACCUCCAUUCCGAUUUCCAAAAGGAGGCCAUCUGCUGCAGUUCCUCACGUGUUUGGAGACAGGACUCCUUCCACACGGCCAGCUUGAUCCCCCUCUCUGGUCCCAACGGGGAAAGGGAAAGGUUUUUCCAAAACUACGGAAAAGGAGCCCACACAGCUCCUGUGAGUCAUUUUCUGACAAGGAUGAAGAUGAAGCAACGGAUUAUGUGUUUCGAAUAAUAUAUCCAGGAAGUCAGGAGUUUGUUGGCCCAGAGCUGAUAGACCAGAGCAUGACCAUGUGGCAGCCUGCUCCAAGGAAGUCUUCUUGCUCUUCUUGUUCUCAGAAUGGUUCUUCUGAGGGUGGACUUCCCAAUGGGUGCAAUCAUGACAGGGCUCCACUGAAGUUACUUUGCGAGACCAUGAAGUACCAGAUCAUUUCUCGUGCCUUCUAUGGCUGGUUGGCCUACUGCCGUCACCUGUCCACAGUCCGCACACAUCUGUCUGCGCUGGUCAAUCCUAUUAUCAUUGAACCUGAUAUUCCAUAUGAUGCUAAAGAAGGGCUCUCUGCAGAUGUUUGGAAGACAUUUCUUCAAGAUAGUUCUGCAUAUGAAGAAGCAGAAAUUCUGCGGCUUGUAUACUAUGGUGGUGUAGACCCCACCCUUCGUAAGGAGGUGUGGCCUUUUUUGCUAGGCCACUACCACUUUACAAUGACUACUGAUGAGAGAAAGGAGGUGGAUGAGCAGGUUCGGGCCUGUUAUGAGCAAACCAUGAGUGAGUGGCUGGGCUGUGAGGCCAUAGUGAGGCAGCGUGAGAAGGAACAACAUGCUACUGCCCUUGCAAAGUGUGCCUCUGGAGCAAGUGUGGAUCUUCGACAGGACUCCACUAUCAGCACUGAUUCAUCCCAGAGCUGCAGUUCAGAAAAACAGAGCAAUGCAUGUUCCCAGUGUGACUCCAACAGUAGCACUCAGGUGUUUGGGUCUGUUGAUGAGGUUGACCCAAUUGAAUCUGAACCUAAGCCAAAAGAUGAAAAGCCCCAGCCCAAAAUUCCAAACGGUACUCUUCCCAACUGCACUAGCUCUCCAGACUCUGGACAUCCAUCCUCGCGCAACUUCUCGGUCACGUCUGCACUCUCAGAUUGCUCCCCAAGCACAGAAGAUGCUUCAACACAAGAGAAUGGAACCAAAAUGAAACUAGCAGAGCCAUCAGCAAUGACUUCUGAGGUUAGUGUGGACUUUACAGCCAAUUCUAGUCUUGAAGAUAAGCUCAAAGAAGAACCAGCAAAUCAGAGUUCCCUGGUGCUGGGUACAGAGCAGGGGGAUGUUAUGAAAUCAUCCAUAGGAAGUGUCCCUUCAGAAGAUGAGAUGAUUAGAGCUCAGGAAAAUGAGAAGGUAGAAAGUGCAGAUGCCAAAGAUUUUAGCAGAAAUGACACAGUCAAGUCUGUAGACUCUCAAUGGGAUUCAAGUGAGUUGAAUGUGAAAAUGAUAGAAACUAUAGAAUCUGCCAUAGAAAAUUCUGAAAGAGUAGAAACUACAAUGUUUUUGCAUUCUGAAAAGAGUGCAGAAUCUUCAGAUAGCAUUGAGAAAAGCAAACAAAUACUGCAGUCAUCAGGGACUACUGCUGAAGAAAUCACGAAAUCCUUAGAAGGAAUUCAGGACUCACAAAUGGUGGUUGAAACUCAGAUUAACACAGAGUUUAAUGAUGAUAGAGACAAAACUGCUUUAAUAAUGCAGGCAAUUGAAGUAACCACGUGUGAUCCAAAAGCACUGACUAGAGAGAGUUCUGUCGAAGAAGCAAAAACCAGAGAUAUAAACUCACCUGCAAAUGCUGAGGAUCUCACAAAGUCAGAGAAGACCUGUGAACUUCACUUUGAGCCUUUGGAGGAAAAAGCAAAACCCCCGCAACCAUUAUCGGAAUCGUGUGCCCCUGACAUGGAGGCUUCAGAAAAAGAAUUAAAUCCCCCUCAACCGCUAUUUAAAUCAGAGCCAACCAGUACCCCUGACACGGAGGCUUCAGAAAAAGAAUUAAAUCCUUCUCAACCCCUAUUUGAAUCAAAGCCAACCAGUACCCCUGACACGGAGGCUUCAGAAAAAGAAUUAAAUCCUUCUCAACCCCUAUUUGAAUCAAAGCCAACCAGUACCCCUGACACGGAAGCUUCAGAAAAAGAAUUAAAUCCUUCUCAACCCCUAUCUGAAUCAGAGCCAACCAGUACCCCUGACAUGGAGGCUUCAAAAAAAGAAUUUAAUCUUUCUCAACCCCUAUCUGAAUCAGAGCCAACCAGUACCCCUGACAUGGCGGCUUCAGAAGAAGAAUUGAAGCCCCAACCCUCAUCUAAAUCAGAGACAACCAGUGCCUCUGACAUGGAAGCUUUGGAAACAGAUAUGAAGUCUUCUCAACACCUAUCUGAAUCAGAGACAAAAAGUUCACCUGACAUGGAGGCUUUGGAAAAACAAUUAAAGACUCCUCAGCCCUCAUUUGAAUCAGAAUCAGCCAAUGCCUGUGAUAUAGAGGCUUCAAAACAAUAUAUGAAGCCUCCUCAACCUCUUUUUGAAACAGAGAUGUCCAAUGACCCUGGCAUGGAGGGUUCGGAAAAAGAAACAAUGUUUCCUCAACCUUUUUCUAAAUCAAAUAUCACCAGUACCCCCAACAUGGAGCCUACAGAUAUAAAGCCUCUUCCACCUCUUUCUGAAUCAGACAUGACUAGUGACUCCCACAAUGGGCCUUUGGAAAAAGAAACAAAGCCUUCUGAACCUCUUUCUGAAUCAGAGAUGACCAAGGCCCUUGUUUUGGAGCCUACAAAAAAAGAAAUAAAGCCUCCUCAAUCUCUUUCUAAAUCAGAUAUUACCAGUGACUCCCACAUGGAACCUUUUGAAGAAGAAACAAAGCCUCCACAACCUUAUUCUGAAUCAAAGAUGACCAACAACUCUCAUGUGGAGCCUUCAAAAGAAAAAACAACACCCCCGCUAACACUAUCUGAAUCACAAGAUAUUGAGUUCAUAUCGAACGAUCCACCUAAUGCCGAAAAGCCAGAUUUGAAAUCUAUAAUAAACUGGUCCUAUGAUUCCAAUAGAACCAAAGCAUUAAUAAAGCAAAUGAAUGAACCUCUUCUUGAAAGCUGCAUUUCCAUUAUGGCUUCAUCGAAACAAUCUCCAGAUACUUCUGAUGAUUCACCAUCUGCCCUGGAAAUGGAGGAAAUCCCAGCUGCAUUGGUUUAUAUGCCUUCAGAGGAUAUCUUGGCCAAUGUUCCUAUUACACUGGGUCCUCCUUUGGCUCUGACGAUGCCACCAGAGAGGGCCGCACUAGGUAUGCCUGCCUUGGAGCUGUGCAUGGAGGCAGGUCAGAACACGAGUCCAGAGGCUACUGAAUCAGCCCUGUCUGAAGAAGAGCCAGAGAUGGAGAGUCUUUUCCCCAAACCAGAUUCCUUAGCUGUAGCAGACCCUAAAAAUGAUGUUGCAUCUCCAGUGUCCUCUAUCGGAACUACUUACUCUCAAGAGCUGCUAGACUUGUAUACCCUCAAUCUACACCGCAUUGACAAAGACGUUCAAAGAUGCGAUAGAAACUACUGGUACUUUACCGCUGUCAACCUGGAGAAGCUCCGCAACAUCAUGUGCAGCUAUGUUUGGCAGCAUCUAGAUAUCGGCUAUGUGCAGGGAAUGUGUGACUUGCUUGCGCCACUGCUUGUUAUUCUUGAUGAUGAGGCCAUGGCAUUUAGCUGCUUUACAGAACUCAUGAAAAGAAUGAAUCAGAACUUUCCUCAUGGUGGAGCAAUGGACACGCAUUUUGCCAACAUGCGUUCCCUUAUUCAGAUUCUUGACUCUGAGCUAUUUGAGCUGAUGCAACAGAAUGGAGACUACACCCACUUCUACUUCUGUUACCGAUGGUUCCUUUUAGACUUUAAAAGAGAAAUGGUGUACGAUGACGUAUUCUCCGUAUGGGAGACCAUCUGGGCGGCCCGCUCCAUCUCCUCUGGCCAUUUUGUUCUGUUUAUUGCCUUGGCACUGGUUGAGUUAUAUAGAGACAUAAUUUUGGAGAACAACAUGGACUUCACUGACAUCAUCAAGUUCUUCAAUGAAAUGGCUGAGCGGCAUGACGUCCCAAAGCUUCUAGUCAUGGCCCGAGACCUGGUUCACAAGGUCCAGAUCCUCAUAGAGAACAAGUGAUGAACUUCACCGUCGUCUGAUCAGAAGAUCACUCAUGUCUGCUUAUUUUUAAAUUAUAUAUUUAGAUCCAACCUUUCGAAGCAUCUUUCAAGAUCCACAUAACGGGUUGGCGGAAAUCCUUUCCUAUGUAAUUUAACUUGCUUAAGAGCAAUAAAACCCAACAACAAAUUACACACAGGACAAGAAACAAAUAAAAAAUACAUACAUAUACAUAUUCAUGGCUAAUCACGGUUAAGGAAACUUUAGUUGCAUGAAUGUACAGGAUGCCAACUAUACACAGUGUUUUCCAGCCUUGAUCAUGAAGUACCCCAGAUCUGCAGUUUACAUUGUUGUUGUUUUUUUCAUUCCAGCUUCCCCAAUGGCAUCUGGAAUGUCCUUCAAGAUAUUUGAUUAGCUUAUUAAGGUGUGUUCAAGCAGGGAAAAACACAAUAUUCAGGGCAGGAGCACCCCAGGAAGAUAGCCAGGAAAAAUGGGUACCAUAACAAUGAUGAGUCUAUGCUAGUGACCAGAAGGUUAAGCAUGGAGCUAUUUUUUGGACAUUGAGCAAAGUUCCUAGCUUAGGACUACUUUUCUAAAUGUCUGAGUUAAAUAUUUUUUAUCAUUAUUAAAACUGUUUGCCAAAUAAAUAUAUAUUAUGGGAGGAACCCAAAUGAUGGCAUUACCAAUAGAGAUUCCUUGAAAAGCACAAAUAUAUUUGUCCUUUUUGUCUGCAAUUAAGAAACACAUCUAUUAAGAGGGGUGUUUGCUGUUAACAGCACUUAGCAGAUUUGAUGAGUAUUGCUUGUCUGUCAUGAUAAUUGCUCCAUUUUUGCUUGGAAUGCCCUCGGUCUGUGGCAGCACACCCUUCUGUUUUCAGGUAUUAUCAAAUUUGUAUUCUAGAUAAAAACAAGUGAUUUUUUUUUUCUUGUAAUUACCAGUUGAGCUUUCUAGGGUGACUCGGUCACUCGGUGACACGUUGAGCUGCUACACAAUUGCGUACCUCACCCGAACUGACCUUACUCGAAAACAAUCAGAAAUAUACUCUAAUCUCGAAAAUGUGUUUAUUUUUGACCAGUCUUUUUGCCUUAAGUUCCUUUCUUUAGGGACACAUUCAGCGAGUUUGUUUGUGCUCUGUGACUGAAUGAGUGAGUGAGUGUGUAAGUGCAGAAAAAAACAAUCCAAUUAUGAUUAUUGUUAUGUCUGUACAUCAAAAUAUGGAUUCAUUACCCACAGUAGUAUAAACAUAUACAGCAUUUACAUAGCGUGUGUGUGCAAGUGUACGAAUGACUACAUGAGCGUAUGAUCCGAACUACCAGCAACCAAACGUCCGUCUCAAAUUUUAGCCGAUGGGUUCAUCGUGGUUGUAGGACCUCUUGUUAUUCAAACCAGUUGUUUCAAGUGCCAGUGUUAUUAACACUAACCAUCACCCACAUGCCAUUUUCAUUCAUAUGUGUGUAUCGCCAUUUCUUAAAUGCUCUGUGUACAUUAGAAAUUAUAAAAUGAUAAAUAUAUUAUAUAGUAUAAAAAUACUAUAUG